AUGCACAUGCGGGAAAAACGCACAUGCGGGAAAAACACACAUGCGGGAACAACGCACAUGCGCGGAAAACGCACAUAUGGGGAAAACGCUGAUACGGGAAAAACGCAAAUAUGGGAAAAACGCAAAUAUGGAAUAAAUUCAAAUAUGGGAUAUACGCACAUAUGGGGUAAUCGCAAAUAUGGGAAAAACGCUAAUAUGGGAAAAACGCAGAAACGCAAAUAUGGGGAAGACGCAAUUAUUGGGAAAGACGCAAUUAUGGGGAAAGACGCAAAUAUGGGAAAAGACUCAAAUAUGGGGAAAGACGUAAAUAUGGGGAAAGACGCAAAUAUGGGGAAAGACGCAAAUAUGGGGAAAGACGCAAAUAUGGCAAAAACGCAAAUAUGGCAAAAACGCAAAAAUGGCAAAAACGCAAAUAUGGCAAAAAUGGAAAUAUGGCAAAAACGAAAAUAUGGCAAAAACAAAAAUAUGGCAAAAACGAAAAUAUGGCAAAAACGGAAAUAA